AUGGCCUCUCGUGAUUACUACGAUAACAACGACCGCGGAAACGGAAACUCGUAUAACGAGGAUUCCUACGGCCGCCGCGACGAAGGUCGGAACCAGGGCGGUUCCGGGGGCGACUCCUACGGCCGCGACGAGCGCCGCAACGACUCCUACGGCCGUGACGACCGGCGCCACGGCGACAUGAACGACACCCGCUACGAAGGCUCGCAGCAAUACUCCGGCGGCGACGACUUCAGCAGCGCGGCGAACCACGCGCAAGCACACCACGACAGCCCAGACAGCAGCUCGCUGUUCAACUCGGCGCUGUCGUUCCUGAACGAGCGCAAGGGCCAGUUCCAGGAUCCGGCGCGGAUCGAGGUCGACGAGCAGCAUGCGGUGCAGGCGCAUAAUGCGAUGUACAACUCGGGCGGUAGCGAGGCGGGGCGCAGCCAUGAUUCGUCGACUGUUGGUGCGGGGGCGGCGAUGCAGGCGUUGAAGAUGUUUACGUCUGGGGGUGCUUCGGAUGGAGGUAUGGAUAAGAAUAAGUUGAUUGGGAUGGCGAUGGCGCAGGCGGGGAAGUUGUGGGAUCAGAAGCAGGGGGCUGGGGCGAGUAUGUCUGGUGAUAAGCAGUCUGCUGUUAACAGUGCUGCGGAGAUGGCUUUGAAGAUGUACAUGAAGGGCCAGGGUGGUGGUAUUGGUGGCACUGGUGGUCCUGGUGGACUGAUGAGCCUCGCCAGCAAGUUCCUGUAG